CCCUGCUAGCUGUUCCUUGGCGCUGGCCUCUAAAGUCUAAAUUGAGAAAGGCAUGUGAAACCCUCGCGGCCCCAGCUGUCGCAGCCUUGCGCGCCCUGGGGAUGGAUCAUGUGGCGACUUUGCAGCCAUGCAUCCUGUGCCAUUUACUGUAUAUAGUCGCCAGUCUCAUUUGGCCGAUUUUCUCUCAGCUUGCACGAUGCAUGGAGCAGGUUGAAGUCUGUUUUACUUGCAACAUCUUGCACCAAUAUCAACAAUGAUGAUCUCCAAGUUCUUCCAUCAUCAGCGUCGCCUGGACUGUUCUUCAUGGAUCAUUGAUGCUACCCCAGUGGUGCCCAGAAGGCCCAGAAGUGCUCAAGAGAGCUGGCACGUUGAUGUAGAGCCUGAGGCGUGAAAGGGUCUAUGUGGGUUUGGCUUCGGCUCUUGCUGGCUGCGGAAGUUGUAAGAAUACUUGAAGCCUUUCCCUGCGAGGUGGAAAUUUCGACAGCAUGCCCCGAUAGUCCAAAAUCUGAGCUUGCUGACUGCCUCAAGGACCCAAGUCAACAUGAGACGCCCACAGACAUUUCUUCAGAAUGCACAGACUUUAUGGCCUUAAACACAGCGUGUGUGGAAGAGAUUGAGCAGCUCUGCGACGAGGAAUUCUUCGCUGAAAACACAAUGCCCUGCCUGGUGAAGUACCGUGCAUCUGAUGAGGAAAUUUCAGACAAGUGUCAAUCUGUGAUGCAAUGGGCCCUUCCGGAACCCGAGGAAGAGGAGUCGGUCACUGAUGAACUGGGCAUGUCUGAGAAGGAUCGCCAGGAAAAAGAAGAGUGGCGAGAGAAGAGAAGAAAAGGGCGAGAAGAUGCGAUAGAAAGAAUGAAGAUGAAGGAGGCUGAUGCAAAGAAGGAGAAGGAGAGACGGGAGCUAGAGAAGUUCAAGGAAGAGAAUCCUGAGGCUUAUGCAGACAUGCAAGCGCAAAAGAAAGAGGACGAGCGGCAAGCGGCUGAACAAAAGAAGCGCGAGCGACUUCUCAAGGCUGCAUGGGAGCGAAAAAGACGGAUCGAGGCUGGCGAGGAUCCAGAUGCAGAGACAGGACCGGCACAGCCUUCCAGGGGCAAAAAAGCGAAGGCGGCUGGAUCCUGGUAUAGUACAAUUGCCGCUGUCAUCAUCCUUGCAGUUCUCGGUGGCAUUGGCUACAUGGUUGUGACAGGAACUGGGAGCAAGGGAGCCUCUGCAAGUGGCAGUGGCCGUGGGAGGGGCAAGAAAAAGAACAAGUGAGCAAGCUUGGCGUUCGUUGUAGAGUGGCCUGGAGGUGAUUUCGAUUGCAGACAUUUGCGGAC